GAAGGACUCUUCAGAAAGUAAUAAUAGAAAGAAACCCAAGUACCACCAUACUAAUCAGGCUGAAGAAACUGUUUCUACAGAGGAAACUUUGCUUCAAAUGAUGGAAACCACAAACCCAGAACUGAAUCAAGCAAUACUCAUGGACGCAGAAAGAAUUUUCAUACCAAACAGUGGCUCUGAGUUCUCACAGGACAAUCUGUACAACAAUACAGACAAAUCGAUUGACAUUGCAGCUAUAAAGGACCAACUAAAAUCACCAGAAAUAGAUAUAGACUCAACAGAACAAAUGGAUACAGAACCAAACCAGGAUGGAAGGAUACUAACUGAAUAG